CUCUUGUUACGCUUACUGGGAUCAGUGUCUAUAUUGCGUAUUCAGCCGCUGCCUUCGAAGAAGCCGUGUGCCUCCUGAGGAGUAAGGAUCUCCUGGUAGAGGUCGACAUCAGAUUUGGCUGGUCGCUGGCACUAGUCUGGAUCUCCUUUGUCGCAGAAGUGCUCACCGGGGCUGUGUUUCUUCUGGCAGCAAGAGUUGUGGGUCUGAAACAGCGACGUGAACAGACGUUGUGA